AUCCCGGCGCGCCUGUGAGCGCACUCUGUCUAUUGUCUGUGACGGCGCAGGGUGUGUACAGACAGAUGAGCGGGGAUGAGCGAUGCGCGGUGCCUACGGAGCUCAGUACAUGGCGCGGUAUGUAAUCAUGGAGCAUCACCUUGGGCGUUGGACCAAGAUGUUUUACGCUAGGACAAUUUUCAUAUGAUGAACAUUCAUUUGAUUAAUUUUAAAGCGCAUACACGUCUGCAUAGUAACGUGCGUAUUUCAUGACUGAUCGCUGCGUUGUCAUUUUUCCUCGCGUUUUUAUAUAACAUAACAGAAUAUUUAAGCCUCUCCGGCGUUGCAUAUUACGAUCAGAAAGAUGAUGAGAAACAGCCCGUUGCGAUUACGGACCAUGACGGUGGGGAGAAACACAGAGGCGGUGAAGGUGGUGGUGCGGUGCCGCCCAUUAAACAAGAAAGAAGAAGCGACAAAUCACGAAAGAAUUGUUGAAGUAGAUGUCAGACUGGGACAGGUGAGAGUGCGUAAUCCAAAAUCAUCCGGCACCCUUAUGAAAGCAUUCACGUUUGAUGCUGUGUACGACACUAAUUCAAAACAAGAUGAGCUUUAUAAUUAUGCGUGUAAACCUCUUAUUGACUCCGUUUUGCUUGGCUUUAACGGAACUAUAUUUGCUUAUGGUCAAACUGGCACUGGCAAAACAUAUACAAUGGAAGGUGUGCCCACAGACCCGGAGAAAAGGGGAGUCAUUCCUAAUUCGUUUCUGCAUAUUUUCAACCACAUAUCCAGAUCUCAAAAUCAACAGUAUCUUGUGAGAGUAUCUUAUAUCGAGAUAUAUCAAGAAGAUAUUCGAGAUCUCCUGUGCAAGGAUAACAAUAAAAAACUGGAGCUCAAGGAAAAUUCAGAUUUAGGUGUCUAUGUCAAAGAUCUCUCAUGUGUGGUGACUAAAAACAUUAAGGAAAUUGAACAUGUCAUGAACUUGGGAAACCAGUCGAGGUCUGUUGGAUACACCAAAAUGAACGAGCGUAGUUCAAGAUCGCAUGCGAUUUUUAUAAUCACUAUCGAAUGCAGUGAGAUGGGCGUCGAUGGUGAAGAGCACAUUCGUGUCGGAAAACUGAACAUGGUGGAUCUCGCUGGCAGUGAGCGACAAAGCAAAACAGGAGUGCAGGGACAGAGGUUUAAAGAGGCUACGAAAAUAAACUUGUCUCUUUCUGCCCUCGGAAAUGUUAUCUCGGCCUUGGUGGAUGGGAAGAGUACCCACGUUCCUUACCGGGAUUCUAAACUCACUCGCCUGUUGCAGGACUCCCUUGGAGGGAACUCCAAAACGGUGAUGAUAGCCACAGUUGGACCAUCUCCAUGCCACUAUGAUGAGACUGUUACCACGUUGAGGUACGCUAACAGAGCAAAGAACAUUAAGAACAAGCCAAAGAUAAACGAGGACCCCAAGGAUGCGCUGCUGCGUGAGUUCCAGGAGGAAAUAGCCCGCCUGAAGGCACAGCUCGAGGAACGAGGAAUGCUUGCCAAAGAAAGGAGAAGACGAAGGAGAAACAGUAUGCGGAUGAAGAGAAGUCUGAGUAGUGGGGAGGUGGAGACGGAAAAAGAUGGAGAUGUGGGUAUUGUGGAGACAGUACAAAAAGAAAGUGUUGAGGAAUAUUGGUGGAAGCAGCAGAUGGCCAUAGCCAAUUACAAGCCAGAUUUCAGCAGGAAACUUGGCACGCUGGAUGAGAAAACAAAAACUGUGGAAGAGUUGAUGAAAGAGCAGCAAGCUAUGGAAACCCUUAUUGAAAAGUACAAGGCUAUGGAAAGUAAGCUUCUGGUUGGAGGGAAGACCAUCAUUGAUCACACCAAUGAACAGCAGAGAAUGUUGGAAUUAAAGAGGCAGGAGAUUGCUGAGCAGGAGAGACAGGAGUGGGACAUGCAGCAGCUGAUGUUUGAACAAGAUGAAGAGACAAUCGAACUGAAAGAGACGUUCUCCACUUUACAGCAGGAGGUGGAUUUUAAGACCAAGAAGCUAAGAAAGUUUUACAGUAAGCUGCAGCUUGUGAGGUCUGAGAUUGGGGAUAUUAUCAAUGAACACAUUACAAUGAGACAGGAACUGGAGCAGACAAUGAACGAGCUGACAAGAGAGAUGAAAUUCAAAAAUCUGAUAAUUGAGAAUUUCAUUCCUCCAGAGGAAAAGAACAAGAUCAUGAAUCGUCUUCACUUUGACAGCGAGGAGGACCAGUGGAAAGUCUUACCGCUUCUCCCCUCUGAAAAUAACUCGCCUCUUAUCAGACGAAGGCCAACAUCAGUUAUUGGAUACAAGAGACCAAUUAGUCAGUAUGCACAAGCUGCUGUUGCAACCGGCUCUCCUUCUAGAUACAGGGCUGAGAACAUUAUGCUUCUUGAAUUGGACAUUUCACCACCCACCAUGGUUCCACUGGACCUUCAGCGGUCAGAGAUAAGGACCCAAGACCUGAUACGUGAUUUCGGCCAUUAUAGAAAGAGGACGACUGCGUCACGUGUCAUGAAAGCUCGAUCGUGGUACCAAGGGCCAAGUCAAUCUGCUUCUUCAUCAACCAGCUCUUCGGCCUCUGGGCUUCAAUGCCCUGCAUCUCCAAUGGGAGCUUGCGGGACAACCCACGAACCUUGAUCUUGUACGGUUUAGUAAUCAGGAGAUGAAUUAAGGCAUAGAAAGCACUGUUUAUUAUCCUUUGCUCUUUAAGCUUUAAGCAAGACCAUUCGUCUUUUUAAUCAUGUUGAUUUUUUUAGCAUCAAAGCUUUGGAUUUGCAAUUUUAAGCACAAUUGUGUCCUGUAUACUUGAAAAGGGUAGUGUAUGCUAUUUAAGUUUGUAAUGUCGAUCCUGAACAGAAACAAUAAAGAAAUUAAAUCUC